AAAGAUUGAAAAGACAAAAACAAGGAGAGAGAGAGAGAGUCUUAUAUUUAUGAGAGAGAGAGGAGACAGAGAUAACUCAUUCUAAUCGUGUGCCGAAAUAUUCAGCCUUAAAAAUAGCUCAUUAUCUCUCUCUCUUCAUUAAAACUUCUCUUGCAUCUCCAGUUCUUGAUUCUUUUCCUUUUCUCGGACAAGAUUUGUCGGCCUUUUGCAACGUUUAAUUCAAGAAUGUGCGUUUUUGGAAGUCUAAGUUCAGGCUAAGCAUUUCAAGCAGAAAACAUUCUUAGUGAAAUCAUUAUUUUCAUCGAAAAAUAAAUGGAGGGCUAUUCAAGAAAAGAUGAAGGGUGUCACCAGUUUCUUGAUUUGGUCAUGAAAGAGAGAGAAUUGCAUGCUAGAAUCUCAGAUGAAAAGCUCCAUGGGUUUUCAGAAGAGAAGAAGCUUGAACUAAGGCUUGCUCCACCAGGUGAAGAUUGGACGACCAACAACAACAACAACAAAAACAGCAAAAAUUCCUCAGGAUUUGGACAUUUUUCAGACAACCCUUGUGCUCAAAAUCCUGUCUUUAAAUCUCCAUGGCAGCAGCAGCAAGCAUCUUCUCAUUUUCUCCACCUUCAGUCACAGCCCUGUAGCAAUAGAGCAGCACCAGAUUUGAAAAAUCCAGAAAAGAAGACAUUUUCACCUGCAAAUCUAGCUGUGCCCAACAACAGUGCUCAGAAAAGGACUGCACCUGCACCAGUGGUGGGAUGGCCGCCUAUCCGAUCUUUUCGAAAGAAUCUAGCAAGUGGUGGUUCUUCUAAAUUGUCCUCAGAGCUGGGAGAUGUGGUUGAGAACAAAAGUGCAAAUUCGAAACCUAAAGAAAACUGCGCGAAAACCAUGUUUGUGAAGAUAAACAUGGAUGGUAUUCCUAUAGGAAGGAAAGUGGAUCUCAAAGCCUAUGAUAGCUAUGAGAAGCUCUCAUUUGCUGUUGAUGAGCUCUUUAGAGGCCUUCUUGCCGCUCAAGGUGAUGGGGGAGUCGAGAGCGAUGGAGGGAAGGUGAUCGGGGGCUUGCUCGAUGGGAAUCGGGAAUAUACCUUUGUGUAUGAGGAUAAUGAAGGGGACAGGAUGCUUGUUGGAGAUGUCCCUUGGCACAUGUUCGUCUCGACUGUCAAGAGGCUGCGUGUCUUGAAAAGCUCAGAACUCCCUACGUUGUCGCGAGGAGGCAAACAGAGGAAACAUAUGGCGCUGGAUGCUUCGCAGAAAUGAAGCCAAGAAAUUAGGGUAUGAUUCAUAUCUGCUAUCAAGAUCAGACAAUGGAGAAAAGGGGCAGUUUGUUUGAAUUCCAUGCUUGUUUGCAGGGAUCAAGUGUACCAUAAACUUUGUUUAUGUUGUUGAAAAUCCUAGCUUUUCUUGAAUUUCUGUAGAGAGAGACUGUUGAAGCAUAUGUAAUUGCAAUGUUUUCUUGUCCUGAUUUUAACUGCAAAUUUCUGUA